AUGAUGGCAACUAUUGUUGAAAGUAAACGUAGAAAACCUACAUUACUUCUCGAUAAUUUCCGUUACACUCAGGAAAAAAUUAUAAAUACCACGAUUUAUUGGAAAUGUGAAAACCGUUUGUGUCCUGGUCGUGCAAUUCAAUGUGAUUCAAUUCCAUCAUGCAUGACAAACGACAUAACCAUGAAAGUGAUGAAAUUAGAUGCAAAAAAACAUAUAAUAUCAUUAUAUACAACAUCUUCACAAAUUACACCAUUUACACCAAUGUUUCAUGAAAUGAAAACUUCAUUAUAUAAAGCAAGACAUUCAAGUUAUCCACCUUCUCCACGUAAUAUUGAUCAUGUUAAUAUUGAAGGAAUGUGGAGUAAAACUUUAAAUGAUGAAUCAUUUGUUUUACAUAAUUUAAAACAUCCCAUAUUUGGUACAUUAGAAUCAUUUAACUAA